AUGACAUCAAUGUUGGGGACAUCACAAUCUGUUACCCUGGAGACGACGUCACUGUCAAUGACAACAACCUUGUACGACCCUAAUUAUCCAUGGGAUGGAGACUGUUCUAAUGUUUUGGGUGGGGGUCCACCAGCAAGUAAUGUCUACACAAUUAUUCCAUCGGGAGCACCAGGGCCAAUUUCACUCUAUUGUGAUGUGAAGCCAGAAGGAGUUUUUACACGCAUCAUGGAGCAUGGCGGGAACUGUGGCGUUGACAACUGGAACCUUCCUAUGUCGGAUUACAUCAGUGGAUUUGGGCAGGAUUUAUCGUGCGAUCAUUGGAUAGGACUACAAAAUAUGUUAUAUCUUACAAACACAAGCAGUAACUACAAACUGGAAAUCAACAGAAGGCUUGAAAAUGGUCACAACGAUUCGAUACAUUAUGGAUCUUUUUUGGUCAAAGAUCCAACGGCCUGGACAUUGCGACUUGAUUCAUUCAGCGGAAGUACCAAUGAUUACCUUGGCAACGGUUUUGAUAACCUACCUACCGCAAGCAGUGCGGAUUUAAUUGAUAAUGAAGAUUUUGAAGCAAAUGGAGUGAAUGUUUACGGAUGUUCAGGAGGGGAUAAAUCUGGGUGGUGGUUUUCUCCUAAUUGCUUGAAUACAAACCUUUGUUUACCUUUAGGACAAGUCGAAAAAGCACUUUAA